AUGAUCAUACUUGCAAAUCUUUUUUUGAUCAUCAAAGUUGUUUCUACCUCUUGUCCACUAGAUUAUGGUUUAAUCACAUCUUCAUGCUUUGGCUGCUUCCCUCCCAAGAAGCUUCUCAACGAUAAAAUUUGUGUCUCCAAUUGCCCUUCUAGCUCAUUUGAAAUCCCAUCCUGUGAUGGUCUUUCAGCGGCCUGCAGUCCUCAUACAGGUGAAAUUUUUAGCUUGGCCUUUUCGAAGACUUACAACUUGACAAGCAAUUCAAUUGGCCGAUUCACAAACUUUAGGAAUUUGCCUUAUUCUAACUCCCUAGGGCGAACUCCAUUGCCAUACAGUGAAAGAGGCUUUUAUUUCUUGCCCAAAUCACAAAUGUCCAGCGAAUAUCAUUACAUACCAUCAGUCGAAUUUACCUUAAAUCUCUGAAUUUGGGCUCAAGAAAAUGGACAAAUUUUGAAUAUCGAAGAUAAUAUAGACCGUUACCUGAAAUUCGAGUCAGUAAAUGGAAAGUAUAGGGUUACUUUAGCAGCCAAAAAUUCAUAUAGAAAUGGAGAAAGCUCAAGAAUCGCAUUUAUUUCUGAAGGCUAUCCCAAAGGAUGACAUAGUCUCACUGUUCAGUACAAUCAAAUUGACUGUGAAACUGUAGAAAUGACAACAAAAAUAAAUGGAAUUACCAGUUCUAAUCAGUUCUUUGGAUAUGAGACAGGAUUUGAUGGAGAGAACUCUUUGUGAACACUUGGGCAAACAAGAAAUGAAAACUCUUUCAGAGGGUUUAUUUAUUGACUUGAGGCUAGAAACGACUUAUUCAUCGAGUUUCCAGAGUUUGAAAAUAGGCUGGAAUGCAAUUUUGGAAGCUUUUGGAAUGGAAAAAAGUGCGAAAAAUAUAAAAGUCCAUGGCCGCAUCUCGCAAAUUCCACCUCAGAUAUGGGAAGAUCACUGACAAACUGCUUUUAUGGCUGUCUUUGCUCGACAAGCACAGGACUUUACACUGAUUGUACAGCAUGCGAUUAUACCAAUUUUUAUAUGAGUGUUGGGAGUCCAAUUAUAUGUGUUGAUUAUUGCCCUACUGGAUAUCUUGACAAUGGUGAUGGGACAUGUGCCUGGUACAGUGAUCUUGCCACUUCACUUGACUUGAACUCCGGGUCAGUUUCGCUCAAAAAGUCAGGCAGUUGAAAAUAUGGAGCAAGUCAAUCAAAUAAUAUGCCAAAUUAUGAUGCAAACGAUCCAUAUCCAGCUCUUCAAAGAGGUUAUUAUUUUGCAUCAAACUCCAUAGCAAAUACAACAGCAGGUAUAGUGAUUAGCCCAUAUUUUACGAUGAAUUUUUGGGUGAAGGCAACUGCCAGUGGCACUUUUAUGAGCCAAGGCAAUAGCAUGGGCAAAAUAAUAGUUAAUUCCGAUGGAACCGCGACUUUGACAUUAAAAAUGCACGACUCUUCAACUGCAUCAGUUAACUCUGAUAAGAUUGUUGGCUCCUGGCAUAAUUUGGUUUUUGUGGGGCAAGCAAAUGCUAAUGGAUCUUAUCUAUCUAUCUAUUAUCUAUAACAUUGCGCAUGCAAUGUCGAAGCUCUUAUGAGCUCUUAAUUAGCCAGCCAGUGAUCUUUUUCUGUUUAGCCUGCAUCCGCUCCAUCUCUUUGCUCUUCUGUAUGUAUCUCCAGGAUCUGUCUUUAAGUAUUUCAACAUGGAAUCGCUUCACCGCAUUAUCCACCAAAUGUACUAUGUCUUCCCUUCCAUCCAUUCUUGUUGCGUCACUUUCCCUUCAUAUUUUGCUCCACAGAGCAUCACCUGUAGCAUGCCUAUGCAGUUUCAAUCUUCUCCUGUGCCUUCCAAUACCUCCUGUAAUUCUUCUCUCUGCUUGUGAUAUCUCGGACAUUCUAUCAGUACAUGAUCUUCUGUUUCAGGAAUUUUGCAUAUUUCACAUGCCUCAUCAUUCGACAAAUGCCGCAACUUGGCAUUAGCAUUGCAGUAGUUGAAGCCUGCCCUGAGCCUAUGUAUAGCCCCAAUUGCACAUGUAUUGCUCUGAUUGACCGUGAUGAAUGUUGGCUUGACCGGGCCUAACUCCGUCGACCAUAAGUUGGCAAUAUAGUCUUGUAGUUUUUCCGUUCAUUUUUCAAUCUAUGCAAGGAUUCCUCCAAGUUCAAUUCUCUCGCCGCAACUGCAACAAUUGAUUGCCAUUCUUUUGUAUCAGUUGUUUGCAAUUUUGUAUUGUCCUGAUAUUCCUUCAGGUUCAGCAGUGUGAGGGUGUCUUUGCACCUCUUUUCCCACGGCAGCAAUUCUUUUGCAUUUAUGUCCCUCAUUAUUACUGCAAGUUGGUCGUUCAUAUUGUAAACUCUUUUUCUGAAUCUGAGCAACCUCGUCCUCAUGUGGUUUGCAAGUGUAAUCCAUCCCAUGUCCAGCAUUGACGUUUCUCUAGCUAUGCCUGCAGGUGCAUGCAGUAUCAUCCUAGCAAGCCUUACUCUUUCGAUUUCAGCGCAUUUCAGAGAUGCGCCGUUUCAUUCAUGCUGUGCACACUCGCUAGCAUAUGUGGCCACAGUUGUGAUGCACGCUUCAGCUAUUAUAGAUCUUUUUAUGAUCGGCAUACAUUUGACGCUGUUGAGGAUGACUCUUGUAGCUCUACCAGCUGAUCUCACUCUCUCCAGUGCAGCUUUGGCAUGUGCAGCCCCAACUCUAGUUGUACCAAUUACCUUCCCUAAGUACCUGUACUGCGUUACUUGUUCUAGCUGCUUUCCUUCAAUCACUACAUCCAACUUGGUAGGUCUUGCUGAGUAAUCCACAACUACUGAUUUAUGUAGGUUUAUCUUAAGGGAAUAUCUGUUGGCUCAGGUGUUGCAUAUGUCUACAAGAUCCUGCAGUUGAUAUGCAGUGUUAGCAAAUAGCACUAUGUCAUCUGCAUACAUCAGUAAUCCCAGUUUUUUUGACCCAGGUUCUAGCGUUACUCCAAUAUCAGUUGCAUCUAUCGUUCAGGCUAGCUCGUUGGGAAUUAGGUUGAAGCAUAUGGGAGAUGAGCUUUCCACCCUGCCUCACUCCUUUUUUAAUCUUAACUGGAUCUUAGAGACGAUCAUUUAUAAUAAUGCUGCUCUCGCAGUUUUUAUACAUUGCGCCAAUCAUGCUUAUUGUGUCUGCCUCAAUCCCCCUGCUUAUCAUUACUUCGUUUAGGUCACUAUGUCUCACUGUGUCGAAGGCUUUACAUAUAUCCAAAAACGCACACACCCACCCUUCUUUUUUGCUCUGCAGUGUUCUAUAAUUGUUUCCAACCUAUAUAUUUGGUCCGCAGUGGACAGACCUUCCAUGAGUGGGGUGCAUUAACAUUUUGCUUACUAUGUCAAAAGCGAGCCUGUUUGCCACGACUUUGUCGAGCACUUUGUAGAUUGUGUUGAGCAGGGUAAUCGGUCUGUAAUCCUCUGGGGCUUUUGAUCCUAGCUUUUUGGGUAGGAGCACUACCAACGCACUCUUCAUCAUCUCAGGGAGCCUUCUUUGUGUCCAUAUGUCUGUUAUCAGUCCUCAAUACCUGUCUCCUAGAGCCUUCCCUCCAUAUUUGAUCAGCUCAGAUGGUACCCCAUCCGGUCCUACUGCCUUCCUGUUCGCUAAUGCUUUAAUAGCUCCUUCAGCCUCUUCUUUUGAUGGAGGAUUUGGUUCAGAUCACACAUCCCAGUUCCAGUCCUUUCUUCAUACUGCAUUCUCCAUCAAUCCACCAUCCUUGCUUCUUCUAACUUUGUGAACCUUGAUGGUUUAUUUCUCAUCGACCGUUUUAGUCUCCUCGUUAUUUCCCACAUAUCCUUUGCAUUGGUUAUGGCCUGUUCAAUUCUUCUCUCCCUUAAGUCAGUCAGUUGUAUCCUCUUCAGUUCCUCCUUGAAUUCCUUCAUUAGCUGCCUGUGUCUUGUCAUGAGGGCUCUGUACCGUACUUUAUCACCGUUCCUUUUGAGUUCUUUUAGCGCCUUCCAUCUACUUCUCCUCGCUUCCUUCAAUUUCUGGAGUGCUCUCCACUAUCAAGAGUCCCAUUUUUCCUAUUUUCAGCCAGUCCAAGUACUCGCUCUGCUACCUCAAGUAUCACUGUAUUUAUGCCUUCAUACCUUUGGUCCGUCGUCGCUGGGUCUCCAUCCUUUCACCUUGUCGUAAAUUUCUCUCUGAAGCUCUUCCUGAUAUUGCUUGAGAAAUACUGGGUUUUGUAGCCUAUCUAGGCGGAUUCUUUUCCUUUUUGAGUUGUUUGUCUUUACUCCUCAGUCCCAUAUCUUUAUGGUGGUUGGUAGAUGGUCACUGUCUAUCGGGCAGUCUUCAUUCACGUCAUAGUCAAUUAUCUCAUCUAACAUGCUUCUCUUUAUCACUGUGUAGUCCAAGCAGAAGGUGUUUCCCGUCGAGUGAAGAUGGGUUGGUUUAUCGAGUUGUAACAGCUCUUGAUCCCACUGCUUACACAUCACUUUGAGUCUAUUCCCAUUUUGGUUAGUGCCUGUGGAUCACCAUCCCCUAACGUGUGCAUUGAAUUCUCCCAUCAGUAUUUCUUGUUUGCCUUUUCCUCUGCUCCAUAAUAUUGCUUCAUACAUAUUUUCGUAGAACGUCUCUAUUUCUGUGUCGUCGCCGCCUUCAACUGGAGAGCAGGCCUCAAUGAAGGUGAAGUUACCCAUUUCUAGACCUAUAACUCUCCCUCCCAUAAAGCUGCGUACUUCCCCCAAUUUCCACCUCGACCUCUUUGCUGCUGAUGAUGAUGAUGCCGACCCCUGCGCUCCUCUCAGUUCCUGGGCUCACCACUCAUUCAUAGCCUGCGAUUCUGGGUAGGUCUUCCUGUUUCAAACAAUGUGUCUCGCAGAUCCCCAUUAGGUCUGAUUGUAUCUCUUCUGUGAAUUUGUUAAGCUGUUGACCCUUGUUUCUAACUCCUUGAAUGUUCACAUGUGAGAGAGUCUUGAUCCUGCUUUGAUGUUCAUAUCUAACCCUCUUCGCCGACGGUAAUCCAAAGCCAGCCUCAGUUGUAGUUCUCUUUUUCGGAAUGUUACCACCGCUGAAAGUAUCAGUGCUAAUUAUCCUGCUCGCCCUAGUCAUUUCAGUAUUAACUGCACUGUCAGAUUCCCCAAUAUUGUAACCUGUCCUGUCUGCACUUACUGGAACAUUACCAGUAGCUCCCGUGCUGCAUGUAGUGCUUGUAUUUCAUGUAGUGCUUGUAUUACAUGUAGUGCUUGCAUUAUACGUAGUGUCUGCAUUAGAUGCAGUGCCCUUAUUGUAUGCAGUACUCGUGCUACAUGUAGUGCCUGUAUUUCAUGUAGUGCCUGUAUUGCAUGUAGUGCCUGUAUUGCAUGUAGUGCUUGUACAAGUGUUGCUUGUUUUACAGGUUGUGCUUUCGUUACACAUGCUGCUUGUGCUGCGUGUUGUGUGCUCUUGUAUACAGCUUCAUAAUGGCUUGUGCUUAUAGGGAUGUUGUCCUCUCCAGCGCUUCAUGAGCUUCUUGAGCUACAGGUGUAGCUAGCCUUAAAGGGUAUGCUCAUACUGCAGGUGUCGCUAGUGCUACAUAGGUUGUAUUUUUUCGGGUGUAGCUGGUAUUUCUGGCACUAUAGCUUAUGCUGGUGGUUACGGCUUUGGUAUUAAUUGGCAUUUGAUUCGACCAACCGUUGCAGGGGUUUUCAGCUCCAGAGUCGCCGCUAAUAUUUUCGCCAGUGGUCGCUGUAGUAGGCGCUUCAUUUCUUCUCCCUUCUCGUCUGUCGAUUUCUCGGUUCCCUUUUAUUCCUAUAUAGUCAAAAUCUACUUACGUUACUCGUCUCUUCUGUUUGCAUCCUGCUUUUCUGUUCCUCUACUGCUUGUCUCCGUAUAUUUCUUUUCUCCUCUCUUGUCUCCUUCAUGAGUCCUUCCUUGGCCUUUCUUUCUGCCCUUCUUUCAAUAAUUUUCGCAUGGCCUUUGAUGUUGUGACCAACCUCCUUGCAGGUCUCGCAAUAUAAGCAUGCCGCAUGGUUUACCCAUAUCUUCUUUCCCCUGAUUGUCAUCUCGUCGCUUAGGUUCAGUGCCUUCUCCAUCGAUUCAAACUCACCAUACAAUAUAUACCUGGAGUUUGAACUAAAAUGCACCGCGUACCUUUCUUCUCACAUAAUCACCUCAUUAUCUGCUAAUACCUCCACUACCUUGCAGGUUCUGCUCAGCUCAGUUAUUAUUUCAUCUAAUGCUAUUCCUACCAGGACCAUGAUUUGCAUCUUGUACCUGACAAAAUUGAUCUCUCCACCCUCAAGCACCGGCCCAGCUGGCACCGUUAUUUUUUCCCCUUGAUGUUGUACCAGUAUUCUGGCCCUCCCCUUUAAGUCUUCUCAAGCUUCUCGCUCCACAAACGUGACCACUGCAUCUCCUGAGGGCAGCCUUAUACUCCUAAGUAUGUCUCCGACCCUCAAGCCCGACUCUAAAGUUACUACAAAGGAAUUAUACAGUGCUCGCUUCAUCUCUUCGUCACCUUUCUUUAGGAAUUUUGAGAGGUAGAACUUUAAUGAAUAGCCAAGAUAUUCUCUGUCGUCUAUUUUCGGAAGAAUGUUGACGGGCGCGCUAAAACCAUAACAAAAGCCUCCUCUGCCAAAUCCCAGGAUUUGGGCUUCCUCCUCCUUCGCGGCUUUGAGUUUGACCUGUUUCUGUUUUGUACUUCCCAUCUUCGAAAAUUAAAAAAGUGCUAAUGGAUCUUAUCAGUUGUUGUCCUAUGUUGAUGGAGUCCAAAGCAACACAGCUUCUUUUUCAAAUAAGGCCUACAUCGAUGAUUCAUAUCAUGACUCAUCCCAGUCAAUUCAAUUGGGAGACCCAACGAGUGGCUUUAAUGGCUUUAUAGCAUCAUUCUACCUUUAUAAUUCAAAUGACCCAAAAUAUAUUUCCGCAAAUUAUACAACUUCAGGCUGUGUAGGAACUUGCAGCGCAUGCUCGCAGAGUUUGCAGUGCUUAAGUGAGUGUGCCUUAAACACCUAUCCUCCUAGCUGCACAUCGUGCUUGAGCUCGUGCACAAAAGGUUGUGUGGAUGGCCAAACAUGCACUUUAUGUCAGGAUAGUCCUUGCACAACAUGCGCAUCUUAUACAGGAUCUUGCACUGCCUGUGUAGCUUCUGCCACAGUGUCUAGUGGACAUUGCUCUUGCAACAGUGGAUUGAACUGGUCUUCUUCAUCUCUUUCUUGCACAAGUGGGCCUGUAUGCCCGUCUAGCUGCUCAACGUGUACUGAUUCUUUGACAUGCACUGGGUGUUCUUUGUCUUUAUACUUAAUCCAAGGCACUUGCCAGAGUUUUUGCCCGACUGGAUAUAAAAUUAGUGGUAGUUCAUGCAAUUUGGACGGUUUAAAUGGAUUUAUAUUUAAUUUGAUGCCACAUGGAAUUAGCGAUAUAGUUAAUGAUUUACAAUCAAGCAUUCCUGUUGUUACUGGAUCAAGCAGUGAUUUCUAUCCUAACUAUAAGUCAGACGAUCCUUAUGCAGCAAUAUCAAGAGGCUAUUACUUUUCAGGGUCCUCAAUUAUGCCUCUUCCUCCUAAUUAUAAAGACUCUACAUCUCUCCUGACCUUUUCUCCGCAAUUUCUUAUGGCAGCCUGGAUUAAUCCUGCGAACGACGGAGUUUUAUUUUCUAAGCAAGAUUCUUCUGGCAAUGAAUAUUUCACAUUCAGCACUUUAAGUGGGCACCCGAAAGGAACAAUCAAAUUGGCAGAUGGAAAUUCUUAUACAGCUACCAGCAGUUCAUCAAUAUUGAUGAACCAAUGAAACUUCGUUUACAUCAGCUCUUUUAUCAGCAGUUCUCAAAAGCAAGCAAUUAAAUUUUUAGUUAGCACUGUCAGUGACACUACUGAAUUUGUGUCCAACUGGUAUCAAGAUCUCCAAAGCUCAUUUACAAUUACUAUAGGAGCGAAAAAAAGUUCAGGCGCAUAUUUGAAUUUUUAUAGAGGAUUUUUAUGGGAUUUAAAAAUUUACAAUAUAAUACCUACUUCUACACUAUACUCUACUUCAUGCUCAUCAGGAUGUAGCUAUUGUCCUAUCGAUAAUUCGAAUACUUGCCUACCAAACUGUCCUAUAUCAAAAUAUCCAUCUGGAGCAACUUGUGGAGACUGUGAUGGAUCAUGUAAUAAAGGCUGUGUUAGAAGCUCUGAUUGCAAUUUAUGUAAUGAUGCUAUUUGUGCUGUAUGCAGUGACUUUACAUCCACUUGUACAACUUGCAAAUCAAAUGCUGCUGUGAGUGGGUCAAAUUGUGCAUGCAAUUCUGGAUACUAUUGGAGUUCGGCAUCUCUAUCCUGCACCCAUUGUCCGUCGAACUGUGAUGCUUGUAGUGGGAUUUUUGUGUGCACUACCUGCACUGGAUCAUAUAAUUUAAUACAAGGGGUUUGUAUGUUAUCAUGCCUUACUGGAUAUAAAAGUAUUAGCGGAGUAUGCAAUUUGGAUGGUUUAAAUGGCUUUGUGUUUAAUUUGAUGCCACAUGGAAUUAGCGAUAUAGUUAAUGAUUUACAAUCAAACAUUCCUAUUGUUACUGGAUCAACUAAUGAUUUUUAUCCAAACUAUAAGACAGACGAUCCUUAUGCAGCAAUAUCAAGAGGCUAUUACUUUUCAGGGUCCUCAGUCAUGUCACUCCCUCCUAACUAUAAAGACUCUACAUCACUGCUAACCUUAUCUCCUCAGUUUGUCAUCUCAACCUGGAUUAAUCCAUCAACAAACGGGGUCAUUUUUUCAAAGCAAGAUUCGUCUCAAAAUGAAUACCUCAUAUUGUCGAUAGCCGGUGGCUAUCCUAAAGUUACUAUCACAUUAAGCGAUGGGAAUUCAUAUUCAGUGUCAAGCACUUCAGCAGUUACUUUGAAUAGCUGGAACAUUAUUUCAAUUACCUCAUCUCUCUCCACAACUGAAGCCAUUAAUUUCCAAAUAAACACUGUUUCAGAUUCCCAAUCUCUUGCUGCAUUUUUUUACCAAGAUAUAUCAAGUUCUUUUACCAUUACUUUGGGUGCCAAAAAAUCUUCAUCAUUUAAUAGCUUCUAUACAGGGUUUUUGUGGGAUCUGAAAAUCUAUAAUAAAAUUCCGGUGUCCAAUUUAUAUUCUUCUACUUGUUCAUCAGGAUGCACUUAUUGUCCAAUUGAUAAUUCGAAUACUUGUUUGCCUAAUUGCCCUCUUUCGCAGUUUCCAUCAGGAUCAAAUUGUGCUAGUUGUGCCUCCAGCUGUAAAUCUGGCUGUGUAAGAAAUUCUGACUGCAAUCUUUGUCAAGACCCUAUUUGCGAUAUUUGCAAGGAUUUUACAUCAACUUGCACAACUUGCAAAUCUAAAGCAACUCUUGUAGGAGCUUCUUGUCAAUGUGAUAAACGAUAUGGAUGGGAUUCAUCAGCUUUGUCUUGCCUACUUUGUCCAUCUAACUGUUAUUCAUGCAGUGGAACGCUGAAAUGUGACUCAUGUGCUAGCGGAUUUUACUUAAUCCAGAAUCUAUGUGUUGAUAACUGCCCUACAGGAUACACUGGAAGCAGCGGGAAAUGUACAAUUGAUGCAUCAACAAAUGGGUUUGUGUUUCAUAUGAAAUUAAUUAAAAUUGAAGACAGAGUAGUUGAUUUACAGUCAGGAAUUCCUGUUGAAACAGGAAGUAGCAGUGACUUCUAUCCUAAUUAUUUAAGCAGCGAUCCUUAUGCAGCUGAUGGAAGAGGGUAUUGGUUUACUGGCACUUCUUAUAUGGUAUUACCUCCUAAUUUUAAAGAUGCUUCGCCUUUGCUAAUAAUAUCGCCAGAAUUUGCCAUUUCUGCAUGGAUAAACCCAAAAAGUGAUGGAAUUAUAUUUUCUAAAUCCCCAUCCUUGAUCUACAACCAUCUAAAGUUAGAUCAAGGAUAGGGAUGAACAAUUUUGGACAAAGAAUAAUUAUGAUUUUUAUUGAUUUUAAUUUAAAAAUGUAUAUAAAACUCGUUCGAUAAAAAUGAGAGUACAUUUUCAGGAAAUUUUCAAUAUAAGCAUUUGAUCAAGAAAGUGAGAAGUAAGCAAGACUCUUCUGAUAAUGAAAUUCUUACAAUGAGUAUAUCUAGCCAAAAUCCAUCAAUAAAAAUCAAGCUUGAAAAUGGCCAAACUUAUUCAGUGUCUAGUACCUCUAAAGUUACCUAUAAUCAAUGAAACUUUAUUAGUUUUACACCCACGAUUGAUAAAUCCCCAAGCGAGACAAUUAUAUUUAACACUAAUGGAGCUUCUGAUACCUCAGCAGCAUUAUCUACAAGCUGGUUUAAAGAUAUAUCAUCUUCUUUCACGAUUAUAAUAGGUGGAAAAUAUAGCUCAAGCACUAUUACUUCUUUUUAUACAGGAUUUAUAUGAGAUCUCAAAAUCUAUAACGUGAUCCCAAGCUCUACACUGUAUAGCUCAAGCUGCUCAGGGGGAUGCGCGUAUUGUCCACUAGAUAACUCACUCUCCCCCUUUAAACCUGCAUAAAAAAUCCUGUUCCAAUUCAAAGGGGGGCAGAUUCUUUUUAGAAAAUUAUGUUAAAAUUUUCACAAAAAUAUUUUUAAAAAUAAAAAAAAAACAUAAAUUGAAACUCAUUAUUUUUGAAUUUUAAUUUAUUUUAUAAAAGAAUAGUUCAAGAAAUUAAUCAGUGCAGUGCAAAAACCUUUUAAACAUAUUCUGAUGGUUAUUUUUUUAUUAAACUAGGUUAAAUCUAAUUUUAUAAAACAAAUAAUAAAAUCCAAAAAAAUAAUACACCCCAAAAAAUGGAAAUUUUACAUAUAUUUUGUUCCAAUUUAAAGAGGGAGUUAGGAAACUGUUUACCAAACUGUCAAGUAUCUCAAUACCCAAGCUCAGGCUCUUGUUCGAACUGUGACUCUUCUUGCUCUCAUAUAGGAUGUGCUAAUAGCAAUUCCGACUGUAAUUUAUGCCAAGACCAAAAAUGUGAGGUUUGUUCAGACUAUACAUCAACUUGUACUACAUGCAAGACAAAUGCAUACUUAAAUGGAUCUACCUGUGAUUGCAAAAUUGGAUAUAAUUGAGACUCAGCCACAUUUUCCUGCUAUAAAUGCCCUGCGAACUGCAAUUCCUGCUCUGGACCCUAUACUUGUACGACAUGUUCUGCGACAUACAAUCUAAUCCAAAAUCUUUGUCUACCAUUUUGCCCAACCGGGUAUAAUUCAAGCGGCAACAAAUGUGCUCUUGCAGCUUCUUUAAAUGGCUUUAUUUUCAAUUUAAUGCCUCAUAAAAUCGAAAAUAGAGUAGUUGACUUGCAGUCUGGAAUUCCAGUAGUUACAGGGACAACUUCUGCCUUCUAUCCAAAUUAUAACUCUGAUGAUCCUUAUGCUGCUCUUGAUAGAGGAUACUUCUUUACAGGCUCUUCUAUAAUGAUGCUUCCACCAAAUUACCAAGAUUCUUCACCUUUAUUAACACUUUCUCCUCAAUUUGUGAUAUCUGCAUGAAUAAACCCAACAACGGAUGGGGUAAUUUUUUCAAAGCAAGACUCUUCGAAAAAACUUUAUUUUUCAUUGGAAAUUGCUAGUAGUCACCCAACUAUUGAAGUCAAGCUUCAAGAUGGAAACUCUUAUUCUGCAACAAGCACAGCUUCAGUGGUAAAAAAUGCAUGGAAUAUUGUAUCAGUCACAUCUGAUGUAAGCUCAGCUCAAGUAAUUAAGUUUGAAAUUAAUGGGAUUUCAGAAGCAUCAUCUGGAUUAGCAAUAAGUUACUAUGAAGAUAUCCAAUCAGCUUUCUCAAUUCUGAUAGGAGCAAAAUAUUACGCUUCAUCAAAACUUUCUAAUUUAUAUGCAGGCUUUUUAUGGGAUUUGAAAAUUUAUAACACAAUUCCUGGAUUUUCUUUAUAUUCAGCAAGUUGCCUUGGCUGCUCACUAUGCCCAUCAGAUAAUUCGGGAAGCUGCAUACCAAACUGUCCUAUUAACCAAUUUCCAAAUGGAAGCAGUUGCUCUACUUGCAGCUCUAAAUGUGCAUCUCAAGGCUGUGUAAGAAAUGACAAUGCUUGCAAUUUAUGCCAAGACGAACUUUGCAGUAUUUGUGAUGAUUUUACAUCUGCUUGUAAAACUUGCAAAGAUCAUGCUUCUCUUUCUGGAUUUUCAUGUACAUGUGAGACAGGAGCCCUUUAUGAUAAAACCAAUCAAAUUUGCUUUGGGUGUCCCGACCAAUGCACUACUUGUGACUCGAAUAAUUUUUAUUCAUGUACUUCCUGCGCAAGUGGAUAUUUUAUGUUGAAUAGUAUGUGUCUAGAAGCAUGCCCUGCAGGCUAUCAAGCUGAUAGCAGUGGAAACUGUAUACAGAAAAUAACAGCUAUUUUUGACUUAGACCUAAACUCGCUAGAUGGUGUUAUAUAUGAUAAAGAGAGUAAGAUUCCUGGAAUUACAGGGUCAACUUCUAAUUUUACUAAUGGCUAUGAUAAAGAUGAUCCGCUCCCAGCCCCAUUAAGAGGCAUGUAUUUCAAUGGAAACAGUUCCAUUAUCAACUUGCCUGAGUUCGGCACAUAUUUAUCGCCAAAACUAGUUGUUGGGCCUUAUUUUACAUUUACAACCUGAAUUAAUCCAAGUUCAUCAAACUCAGUACUUUUUGCUAAAAGAGACUCAAGCUUAAACGAUAUUUUGAUAAUUUCCCUAUUAAAUGGCAGCCCAAAUAUAAGGAUUUCUUUGGAUUAUGGAACUCUCUAUUCUUUCACAGCUCAGAAUACUGUGCCUAUGAAUGCUUGGAGCCUUUAUAUGGUAACUUUUGAUAUUUUUUCAGGAAAUACAGUUAUUUUAAGUUUUAUUAAUUCUGUGCAAGACACUUUGCAAGGAAUUUCGAAUGGAUACUUUAAUGAUAUUUCUGGUCAUAUGAGAGUGACUAUUGGAGGAGACUCAAAGUCUCCUUCUCGAGAAAGAGUUCUAACAGAAGGAUCAUUUUUCAAUGGUUUUAUUUAUAGCGUAUGCAUUCAAAAUGAAAAAAUAUCAUCUCCAUCAUCUUUCUUAUCAUCAGCAUGCAGCAGCAGUUGUUCAUCAUGCCCAAAAUUGACUGGCUGCAUUCCGAACUGUGGUAUAAAUCAAUAUUGGACAGGCACCAGCUGCAGCAAUUGCCAUUCAGGAUGUUCUAGCUGCUCUGGAGAUAGUUCUUCUUGCACUUUGUGCUCGAAUCCAAAGUGUUUGCUAUGCAGCAGCUAUAGUACUCAGACCUGCACUUCGUGCAUAGAUCCUUCAGCAAUCUUACCAAAUUGUGAGUGCGAAAAUGGAUUUUAUUGAAAUUCAGGCACAGAAAGAUGUGAAGCUGUGCCAGAUGGUUAUUACCUUGAAAAUGAUGAUACCUUAAUUAAAUGCCCUGAUUUCUGUUCAUUAUGCACAUCAGAUACUUACUGCUCCAAGUGUAUAGAGAAUGCCUCAAUUGUUGAUAACUUAUGCAAGUGCAAUGAUGGGUUCAGUGGCACAGCUCUCUGCUCUGAAGUAGAAUUCUACGCAACCUUAGAUGUCAAUAAAAACAACACCCUUAACUUGCUGUUCAAUGAUAAUUUAGCAAACGAUCUAAGCGAGAAAGACAUUUCUAUUUUCAUUAACUCAACCAAAUUGAAUUUCACUAUCACAAAAGUGAGCCAGAAAAAUUACUUUAUAGAGCUUAGACUAGAUUCAGAAAUUAAUCAGGAUACUAUAGUUACCUUGGAGUUCUUAGAAAUAUUGAAAAUCAAAUCUGUCUCCAACGGACUUCUAAAAACAAAUAAACUAUAUGGAGGGCUAUAUUCUUAUGAUCCAUAUGAAUGAACAGCUAAAAUGAUAGAUUUAAGCUCUCAUAUAGCUAUUAUAGUCCAAUCUACACUUGCAACGUCACUUGGGCUUUCGUUUAUAAAUUUUAAUCCUGUUGGAUUAUGAAGCCUAAUGAACAUCAUCUCAAUGGUUACCUAUUUGCCAUUAGUUAAUGUGAAAAUGUCAGAAAAAAUGACUGAUUUUUUUAAAGAUACUGGAAAUUAUAACCCUAUACCAAAUAUUUUUGAGUAUUUUAUUGAUAAAAGUGAUGGGGAAUCUCCAUAUGAACUAGCAGAAAGAGCAGGGGUUGAUACCGAUUUGCUUCUAAUUAAUAUUGGGAAGAGCCUAACUGUACUCAUUGGAUUACUAGUAGGAAUACCAAUCUCUUAUGCCCUUUCUUUUAUUUCUCGCUUGCAUUUAAAAGGAAAAUACUUUAAUUCAUUAGUUUCAUACAAGUAUUCACUUUUUGCCAGGUUUUGGAUCCAAUACUACUUAUCUUUUACCAUUUCUUCACUUAUAGCCAUUAUAACAGUAAUUUUUAUUUAGUUUUAUUGUGGUAAUACAACCCAAAGCAUUAAUCAGCUGCUUUGCGUCAUAACGAUAUCUUUAUCAGCUAUUUCACCCGUAGCAUUAUUUUUACUUACUUAUUUAUGUGAAAUUAAAAUUGUUCAGCAUAACCAAUCUUUUGGGAAAUAUUUUGGAUCAUUUUAUUAUGAGCUCAAGACUUAUAAGUUUUUAAGCACUCAAUAUCAUACGAUAUUUUUUGUAAGAAGAAUCGUUUAUGCAGGAGCUUUAAUUCUUCUUGCUCCCCUUUAGUGAGAGUUUGCUUAAGUUAGUUAAAGAUAUGACUUCUUGCUAAUUUCUCAUCCAGACAAGUCUUUUAAGAAGACUUGCUCAGCUACUGAAGAACCUCCCUGCUGACUAUUUCAGCAUUUCUGCCAGAAAUAGCUCUUCUUCGCCUUUCGAUAAGGUUAUUGCACUGCUCAAAGCCUUGGAGUGCAUAGUUGGAAACUGACACUUCAGUGACUAGCGUUCCAAUUAGAAAUAAACUUCUUAGCUAGUAUUAGUAUUAGCUACGCUGCUUUUGUUGCAAUAUUUGCCUCUAGGUAAAAGUCCCCUUUUUCAAAUAUCCAUCGGGAAGAUACUAAAUUCUUCUCUCCAUUAGUGAACAAAAUCAUUGGAAAAAUCCUUAUUUUUUGCCCAAUAGCCUACCCUCUGUGAGCGAACAAAUUUUAAUAGAAAAAAACUUAAUGAAAAAAUAUUUUGAUAUAUGUGAUAAUUAGUAUAAUGGAAUCUCUAGCUAAUUUUGUUUAAUUUUAAAAGCUUGCAUUUUAAAACACAAAUUUUGCAAAUUAAAUAAAUAUUUGCUUUCCAAUUUUUGUGAUUGGGAUUCUUUAAAUUUCGAGAAAAAAAAUUAGCCUCCUUUUGUGAGCGAACAAAAUUCUUUUGUUCGCUGACGGAGGGGAGUAAGUUACUUUUUUGGGCAAGGGAAAUAAACUGGAACGCAAUAACCAGUAUCCAUAGACUUUGUUUAUUAUUCAGUAAGUAGAUGACCUCAUUAUUUAUUUGUGUCCUCUUUAGUGAGAGCAAAAUUAUCUUUAUAAAAUAAUUCAAUAUGUAAUAAAUAUUAUAUUAAGUUUUCUAUUAAAGUUUUUUGUUUGCAUUCUAAAAUAUAAAUUCUUUCUCAAUUUUUUUCUUUUUGCAAGCAUAGGAGUAUUAUAUAAAUUUUUGAAUCCAAAACAUUAAUUCCACCCAUGAGCCAGUUCCUUGCCCAACUGAAAUUAAGGAGUUAGAAAUUCAUCAUCAGCUCAAAUCGCUAUUUUAAUAGUGAUUUCACUAGCACAUAUGAUUUAUUUAGUUGUCAUAUGGCCUUAUAAAGAUUUUAUUAUGGGAGUAUUUCAUACUCUAUCAGAGCUUUGCUUAGCUGUAAUUAUGACUUGCAUGUCAAUUUAUUCUUCAAGCAUGGAUCAAUCAACUAUUGGAAGAUACGAGCAAGUCAUUGUCGGGCUUUUUAUCCUUAUUUUAGCUUUUCACGUCGCAGUUUCUAUUAUGCUUCCUAUCAAGUCAAUCAUUUCGUUUAUACAGUCUAAGUCUAAAAAGAUUUCAGGAGUUAGACAAGAAAUCGUCCUCGAUACAAUCAAUGAAACCAUGGAAGGUGAAAUAACAGCGAUGACUUCGAGAAAUUCACCAAGCCGUAGCUUUUUUAAUAAAGCUGCAAACAACCAAAGAAAGAGUGGAAAGAUAAUUACCCUGGAGUAA